CUUGCAGCUUCACUUGCUUGUCUUUUAGUUUACUAGUUUGCAAAGGAUACAUGUCGCUGAUGUGGAAGACAAGCCCCAAAUCCCCAGUCUCGUAAGCUACAAUUCUCUUGUGCUAGUAGUGUGUGGUUUCCAGCUGGUUCCAAUGCACACAUCUUAUUCUGGGACACAGGAGUUCAGUGUGUGAAAAGGGAUGGUUUCGAAUCUGCACUUUCACAUCUGCGAAGUCUACAGACUGUCAGUACACAAAAGUAACUGCCUGGGGAGAAUUCAUCAGCGGUUGUGGGAAAAGUGUGUUGAAUGAGUACUAAGCCGGGUACUGGACGACGGUCACGCAGAUAGAUAUCCCUAGUACCUCGACCAUGUGCUCAAGAAAGCCAUUGAUCUGCGACAAUGCCGAGUCUGGCCACACCAGCAGUACUGGGCAAUCUACGACGAAGUGUCUCUUAGUAGUGACACAUCCAUCCCGUGUCUGUCCACAGUCAUCAUCUAAAGUGAAGAGGACGCUCCUGAAUGAACCAGUCUCGUGUGGAGUUCCAUCAACCAAGCGUGCAUCUCCAAGUAUGCCACAAUCCUCUGGGCGUGUGUCGACUAUUCACGGCUGGGAGUCUGGUGUAUCUCAGAGCAAUGGUGUUACUUGCAGCCAGUCACAGCCGCGCACCGUAAAAUCCCUCCUGUCACACGACCAGCUGAGCUCGCCGCACAGUGUCCGCAAUACGCACUCCCCGCGGAUCGUGUGUGUGUUGUCGUCACCAUAUUCGGCGCCAGCACGCUCACUGGCUACUUCGAUGUGCCCUGGAAGCGGAGACCAGCAGCACUCACAUGCACCGGCAUGCAGUGAACCACCACGACCGCUCAUCCAACAUGUUUCCCCGGCGUACCCGGGGUGCCGGCAACCUCUUCUAGGUUCCGGCUUGAAUGGCAAGCGUCCUGUGGAUGCUACUGGUUACACAACUGGUUCCGGUCCGAAACGAGUCUGCUUGCUAGUAAAUCCAUUUGUGUCCACUGCACCAUCUCAGGUUCCUUUGGAUAUGGUGAUGCAGCGCUCAGUGCACGACCGGUUAUCGACCAACUCAGAGAAGUUGUUACAAGCACAGCCCGUCGACAGGAAUAAUGCAAUUGAUAUUGCGACAAUGUCAGCGGGAACACGCCGGAGACCAUUAUUACCACGGGACACUUCUCCACGCAAUGCGCUCGAUGCUUCAUGCACUGAACCUGCAACAAACAACCAAUCACAGUCUGUUGCAAGCCAAGAUUGCCGUAACCAGGCCCCGCCACCUUUGCUCUCACGUUCGUUUGGUUCUGGACCAGUUCGUUCAAAGUGGCAGCAGGAACGAAAGUCACUGCUACCUUAUCCAACCGCUGCCGCCGCCACCACCUUCCAAGUUGCGGAUGAACAGCAAUACCCUCUUUCCACUGGACCUCCAUUACGAAGUCGACCAGAGUACGAUAUGAAUUCACACGUGCCGCGGUUCAUACAUGCGGUGCCUCGUCCUUCCGAUAGCCAUGCAGCUGCAGUAUCACCAGCAUCGGCGAGCACGGUAGCUACUGCACGCGAAGAGCUAUCUGUCUCCCGGCGACCGUUGAUGUCAUCGCCCUACUCACAGCAGCGCAUGAAGCCGCUGAUAUCGUCACCGCCCGGCUUGUCUGCACGCUGCCGCGAUCAUCAACCAAGCGGUGUGCGGCAUGCCUCGGCUCGACCGCCAGUGCUUCGGACACCGGUGCGGUCAGGUUCCAGCAGUCCAGGCUCCAGAGCAGUGCUGCGGCGACGACAGAAACGGCAAAAAGUGUCGUCGGGCACGGGCAACAGCUCUUCUCAGUCUGUACCGGUAUCAACUUCUGCUAGCGAUAGCCAGUCUUCUGCAGGGCAUUCAUCCCCGCUUGCUGGUGACACAGUGCAGGGCAGCAGUGUGUGUGUGAAAGAAGAAGAAAGAGAAGAAGAGGGCAGCUUGGUCCAUGUUGAUGAAAGAAUGGUGUCUGAGACGGAGCUGUCUGAGAAUACGUCCUACUCGGCCGCGCUGGAGAAGGUCAAAGUGCUGAGCGAAAAUGAGGAGCCGGGUCGAACCGCCUGCCUAGGAGAACCUGACCUGCCAGAGUAAGACCUGAUGCGUGUUCUGCUAUUUACUCACGCACAGCGAUGCGCGUGGUGUUGGUAGACGUAUGAACAAACAGGUGUGCACUUUAUUCGCAUGCCUGUGUUUAUAUGUGCUGGUCACAAUUAUUUGUUUUGAGAGUGUUUGUUACUUGAAUCUGUGUGUAUUUUUUUCGUAUUUAUCAAUGUGUUGCCGACACCUUAUCAUCCCACUUCCCGUGAUAUAACGGCUUGUUUUCAAGGUAUCUACAGGAUGCAAUUUUGUGUUUUAUUUGCAUAAUUUUCGUGUCCGGUUCCCUUUUUUUAAUAUUGUGUGCUGAACAUAUAUACACAAACACUGGAGGCGAAGGGCUGUUGAGCUGUAGCUUUAAGUUUCACGCAUUUCGGCGAUCAUCAGACAGCAGCACUAACAUGUACAUUUAGCUCUGGCACCACUGGUUUAGGCAGUGUUUAUUACCCAAAGCUAUGCAAAGACCAAAGACGUUAACGUAGCGUUAACAGCACCUGGCGUGGCCAGCGUC